AUGGUCCGCCUUUUCAACCGAUUCUAUGCACUAUCCGCAGUUGCAGCAUGCACAAUUCUACCAACGGCCUGGUUUCUAACAUCCCGCCGCUUCCCUGACAUCAUUCCUCUAGCAUCCGGGCAAUUCCAAGCGGCCGCCACAUUCGAUCAGCGGCUAGUAGUCUUCGGAGACUCAUGGAGCGACAAUGAAACAAACGAGCCACAGGGCAAAGUAUGGACAGACUGGCUCUGUUCUAUGUUUACCUGCCACCAAGAGAAUCUAGCCCAGACAGCCAAUCCCCUCCUCCGAGGCAAAAACGUCGGCGCAGUCGUCGACAACUCAGAACUCGACCCUCUAGGCCGCCUGUCCCAGACACGUCUCGCAGACUUCAAGUCUCAGCUAGCCCAAUGGCUAGUAGCCGAGUCGCGCGCCGUGACGGGACUCACCACUGAAGACAUCCGCACGCGCCAAGAACACACCAUUUUCGUGGUUUCAUUUGGCGUGUGGGAUAUCUGGAGUUUGAUCGGCAAGGACUACGAUACAGCCAAGGAAAGCGUGGAGCGACGCAUUGCGACGAUUAUCGCGCAGCUUAAUGUUCUCGCUAGAUCCUGGGACUCGGAGUCCCAGCUUAAAGUCAUCUUGACGCAGGCGGUCGAUGUGACUUUCUUACCCGGCUAUGAUGAAUCAGCCGCUGGAUCCAUGUACAAGGAUACAGUGCAGACGGUGGAGCAUUGGAAUAAGAAGCUGCGCGAGGCAGCGACGGCGUGGGAAGGUGGGACUGUGUACCUAUUUGAUAUGAAUGGGUGGAUGGUCGAUCGGAUUCGGGAUUGGCAGCUCUACGCGGCAGGCAUUGAAGAGGAAAAUGGGCUUGGGAAGAACCAGCAAGGAUGGGAGAAUGUCGUGGAACCGUGUGUCGAAAGCGGUUAUCGGGUCAUGAUGUCAAAGGGGAAGCAGUGUGAAGAACCUGAUCGAUAUCUGUUCUGGUAA